AUGCCCGUUAUGGAAACCGCGCCUGGCUCAACGCCUUCCCCGGCAGCACCUGCCGCGGGGCAGGGUGCGGUCGUGCAGGAGGCAGCGACGAACGUACCACCUCACAACCACCCAAGGAGCACAAACACAGAUACCCCUCCUGCCUGCUCUCAACCUGCCGCACCCCAUCCAACUCCCAAUUCUGAUCCUAACAUCAACACUUACCCCUCGGAAAACGACGAGGACCAAUACAGCUACGCCUACUCUGACGAGGAGAACUUGGACGCAUCUUCUAUUUGCUCCUUUGAAGAAGAAGAAGACGGUAAUUGGGAACGAGAUCCAGACGACGACGAUACCAUGGCCGGCUCGAGACGCCCUAACGGCCAGCGCCGUCGUACCCAGACCGAUCUCACUGGCGUCCUCACUCUCGAGGAAAAGAACGAGCUCAUCAACCUGGUCAGCAACAUCUUGGACAGUAUGCAGGACCAGAUCAGCAACAUCUUUCACUCUCCCCCCAUCACCCCCGCUACAACCGAGGACCCCCAGCACUCGUGGCUAUCCCUCUCGCUGCUGAAGAACAAGGUGAACAACAAGCCUGCUGCCCCUCAAUCCCAGGGCGGCGCCAACAAGGAGAAUGCUGGCUCUGCUUCAACUUCGAACGUACAAAAGAGCGGAUUAACGUACAACAAGGCCCAUGAGAUUGUCGAGAAGGAGGAGAAAGAGGCCAUGACGCCUCAGCUUCAGGAGCUCAAGAAGGAGUGUCUUGUCGUCUUCAGGAAGUGGCAGGGCAAUGUCCUGACGCGCGCCAAGGACAUUUCGGUCAAGGAUCCCGAAGCUUCAGUCGCCCCUGCCGGUCGUGGCGGUCGUGGUGCUGUUCGUGGAACCCGCGGCGGUCGCGGUAAUCGUGGUGCACCCCAGGGAGGUCGAGGCACCACCCCGCGCGGCCGUGGUGGUAGAGGCGGCGCCCUCAGUGUCAAGACAGGAGGUGCGUCGGAAGCAGUUGACACCGGCACCCCUAACUUUUAUGCAGAAUUGCUGACUUCUCAAGACUCACCGGCUACCCGUCAACCUCCCGAAACUGACCUCUGGCUGAUUCGACGAUUUCCUCCGAGCGCCACACCACUUACCGCUUUACCUAUUGAGCGCCGGAAGUUGUUGCUUCACACUAUCCUCCUGCUUCUACUGUCGUUGGAGCAGUACACGGCCUUCUCCCGUGUCUUCAUGCUCAAGUUGGCGUCAUCGCUUCACCUGAGCCUCCGCUUCUUUCAGGAGGAUGAGGUUCGGGUUGCCCGAGGUCUCGGCAAGACUGUGCAGGAAAUCAACGCCGAUGAGGUGGUUGAGGAUAAGUCUGCAGAGAACAAGUCGACCAGGCGUUGGAAGGUUGGCCUUGCUGGCGCCGCCGGUGCUGCCAUCAUUGGUGUCACUGGAGGUCUUGCAGCUCCCCUGGUCGCUGCAGGUAUUGGCACCGUCAUGGGUGGUGUCGGACUUGGUUCCACGGCCGCUGCCGGAUUGCUGGGUACUUUGGCCCAGAGUGGUGUUGUCGUUGGAAGCUUGUUCGGCAUUUACGGUGCUCGCCAGACGUCCAAGAUGAUGGACCAAUACGCUAGAGAUGUCGCCGACUUUGCGUUCCUACCUCUCCAUGGCGAAAUGCGGGAAGAGUAUCGCGACGCCAAAGAGAUCCCUUCCAAGGACCGACGACUGCGAGUCGUCCUCGCUCUCAGUGGCUGGCUUACUCAGAAGGAAGAUGUGGUCAAUCCCUGGCGUUGCAUCGGCCACCAAGGUGAGGUGUACGCCGUGCGGUGGGAAGUUGCCAACCUGAUGAAUAUGGGUAACUCGCUCGAGACUGUCAUCAAGAGUACCGCCUGGAGUGUUGCCAAGAAGGAAAUCAUCACGCGGACCAUCUUUGCCAGUCUCAUGUCGGCCAUGUGGCCCAUCGGCCUUCUCAAGGUCAGCAAAGUCAUUGACAAUCCUUGGAGCGUCGGAAUGGUCCGAGCCGAAAAGGUUGGCAUGAUCCUAGCGGAGGCCAUUAGUCGAAAAGUGCAGGGUGAUCGGCCUGUCAGCUUGAUUGGCUACAGCUUGGCUGCCCGAGCCAUCUACACUUGCUUGAUGGUGCUUGCCGAACGUCGCCAAUUCGGUCUCAUUGAGUCGGUGGUCAUGAUUGGCACCCCAGCGCCAUCCGAAAGCCGAGUUUGGCUUGCUUUGAAGAGUGUCGUUGCGGGUAGACUCGUCAAUGUCUACUCGGAGAAUGAUUACAUACUGGGUUUCCUGUACCGCACGUCCAACCUCCAGUUCGGCGUCGCAGGCUUGCAACCAAUCCAGGGCGCCGAAGGCGUAGAGAACUACGACGUGAGCAGCAUGGUUAGCGGCCACCUGAGAUACCAAUACAUGAUUGGUACCAUUCUCAAGAACAUCGGCUGGGAGGAUCUCGACUACGCGCAGAUCGAGAAGGAUGAACAAGUCCUCAGCCUUAUGGAUGAGAAAUACGGCCGCGACAAGAGCCAGAAGCAGGCCUACGUCGACAUGGACAAGGAAGCCGAGCACAUCCAGGAGGAGGUCAAGCACAAGAACGACGCCAAGCUCGAUUCGAAAAUGAGCAAGAUGAAGAUCCAGGAUUAG